AUGUCGGAGAAGGCACCUCUCAUCUCGGAGCAACGCGUCUCCCACGAUCCGCCGACAACGCGGUGUCCGUACGCCAAACGGUGCUCCGUUGGCAGAGUCAUCGUCAAGGUCUUUGUCCUUGCUACCGCUGCCAGCUUCCUCUACUCCCACUUCCCCAAAGCCCAGAAUGACUUGCACGAGAGCAAGACCCCGGUUUGCAUGACUCCCGCCUGUGUCCAUGCCGCCUCUGAAAUUCUAUACAAUCUGUCCCCCGACUACAAGCAGCUCGAUCCAUGCAACGACUUCGAAGAGAUGGUAUGCGGUGGAUGGAGGGAGAAGCAUGAUCUUCGUGCGGAUCAGGGCGAUGCCUUCACUGGCACCAUCAUGUCCGAGAACUCGGAGCUCCUGCUUCGUCACAUUCUAGAGGCUCCUUACCCCAAGGACUCGCAGCAUUCCUCCUUUUCGCCACUCCGGCUCGACGCCACCGACAAGUCCGCGGACGAGCAGAAUUUUGAUAAGAUGAAGACUGUUUACGAUGCCUGUAUCAACGAGGAAAAGAUCAAGAGCAUCGGAAUCGAGCCGCUCUCUCGCAUUCUGGACGAUAUCAAGAACACCUACCCGAUUGAGGGUGCUGCCUCAGUCCCUGGACCGACCAAGGAUGCCAUCCUUCUUCUGGCCAGAUAUGGCGUCGGCGCGCUCGUCUCGACAGGCACUGGUGCAGACGACAGAGACCCCGACACGGUUGUCGUAUCUGUUGCCCCCGGGAGACUGGGACUCCCCUCCAAAGAACGUUACGAAGACGAUAAGCUAUUCGAGAGAUACCGUGACGUUGCUGUCGAGGUUCUCGGGAACCUCUUCCCCGACCAGAACAAGGACAACUUUGUCAAGGUCGCAGACUUCGAGAAGCUUCUGGCGGCCGCCUCACCGAGCACCGAGGAGCGCGAAGACGUCACUAAAUACUACAAUCCCAUGUCGAUUGACGAGGCUUCUGCCCUUACGCCCGAGAUUGAGCUGACGGCACUUAUCCAUGACCUGGCCCCCGAAGGCUUCGUCGUGCAGCGCGUCAUUGUCAUGGCACCCAAGUACAUGUCGGAGCUGUCUACAAUCCUCGCUGAAACCGACAAGGAGAUCAUCCAGAACUACUUUAUUUGGAAGGCCGUUCAGUCAUUCUCCUCCUACGUCGAUGCGGACGCCGUCAAGCCCUACAGGCGUUUUGUUAACGAGCUUGCCGGAAAGGACCCCGAGUCCGUCCCCGAAAGGUGGCGAACCUGUGUCGGUCACGUCGACAACAGUUUGGGCUGGGUUCUGAGCCGCUUCUUCGUCGAGAAAGCCUUCUCGGCCGAGGCAAAGAAGUUUGGCGACACUAUCAUCACCGACAUUAAGACUGAGUUUAUCAAGAAGAUCAAAGCCGCAAAGUGGAUGGACAAGAAGACGACUGCCAAGGCAGUUGACAAGGUCCACAACAUUAUCCAGAAGAUUGGCUACCCGACCAAGAGCCCCAAUAUCAUGGAUCCGCCUAGCCUGAACGACUUCUACAAGUCCGUCGACGUCAGUCCCGAGACCUUUUUCGACAACGCCCUCGCCGCGCGAAAGUUCGAAGUCGGCUACGAAUGGUCAGCCCUCGGGAAGCCUGUCGACCGUGAUCAGUGGGACAUGACAGUACCCACGGUUAAUGCCUACUACAACCCUCCUGGCAACGAGAUUGUCUUCCCUGCCGGCAUCAUGCAAUUCCCGGUCUUCGACGUCGACGUUCCUGCCUACAUGUCGUACGGCGCCUUUGGGUCUGUUGCCGGGCACGAGCUCAGCCACGCCUUCGACUCCACCGGUCGCCACUUUGACCAGAACGGUAACUAUACGGAUUGGUGGUCCGACGCCACCGUCAAGGCAUUCGAGGAGAGGGCAGAGUGCUUCGUGGACCAGUACCACAACUUCACGGUCCCGGGACCCAACGACGAGCCGCUCCACGUCAACGGCCGCCUUACUCUGGGCGAGAACCUUGCCGACGCUGGGGGGCUCUCGGCCUCGUACCAAGCGUGGAAGCACCGGGCGCAGAAGCACCCGAACAAGGAUCUGCCGGGUCUGGAGCACUUCACGCAGGAUCAACUCUUCUUCGUCACCUACUCCAACUGGUGGUGUGGCAAGUCGCGCAAGGAUACGGCCAUCAACCGUAUCUAUACUGAUCCUCAUGCGCCCAAGUGGGCCCGUAUCCUUGGCACAAUGGCCAACAGUCGCGAGUUCAAGGAGAGCUUCCAAUGCAAGGACAAGAAGCCGACUUGCCAGAUGUGGUGA